UAUCUCGUGCUCCUCUGGAUAGAAUUAGAAGCUGAUAAGGCUAGGCCACCAAAGAAUUGAGUGGCUGUCACCUCCCUUCUUUCUUGUAACUUACCGCUCGAUAAACCAUAAACGCAAAGCAACCAUGCCUUCAAAGCCCAUCUUCAAACCAAACCAUCGUCAUGGCCACACUCUCUAGCUCCUCUCUCCUUUUGACCCAUUCUCCCAAACCCAUUUCGCCAAACCUCACUCUUUUCAGUACCACACUCAUUUUUAAACCAAAGAAGUCAAGAUCCGUUGUUAUGGCCGCAGCUCCAGCUACGACUGCUGCCAAGGUGGUGCCAGCAGUGAUUGUUGGCGGUGGAAGAGUGGGAAAGGCGUUGCAAGAUAUGGGGAAGGGAGAUGAUUUUCUGGUGAAGAGAGGUGAAGCUGUGCCGCUUGAUUUUGAAGGUCCCAUUUUGGUUUGUACUAGGAAUGAUGAUCUCGAGGCUGUGCUUGAGGCCACUCCCAAGUCUCGUUGGAACGAUUUGGUUUUUUUCCAGAAUGGUAUGCUCGAGCCAUGGCUUCAAAGUAAAGGUCUUAAUGAUGCAGACCAGGUGCUGGCAUAUUUUGCUGUAUCAAAGCUUGGAGAACCUCCUGUUGAUGGGAAGACUGACACAAAUCCUGAAGGCCUAACAGCAGCAUAUGGGAAAUGGGCAUCAGCUAUAGCUACUAGAUUGCUUGCUGGAGGCCUGUCUUGCAAGGUUCUUGACAAAGAAGCAUUUCAGAAGCAGAUGUUGGAGAAGCUGAUAUGGAUUUCAGCAUUCAUGCUCGUUGGAGCACGUCAUCCUGGGGCCACUGUAGGCAUUGUAGAGAAGGAAUACCGAUCUGAGGUGUCAAGCCUCAUUGCAGAACUUGCAUGUGCUGCUGCUGCGGAGAAAGGCAUAACAUUUGAAGAAGCUAUGGAGGAUAGGUUAUGUGCUUACUCACGAGCUGUGGUCCAGUUUCCAACAGCAGUUAAAGAGUUCAAGUGGAGGAAUGGAUGGUUCUACUCAAUCUCUGAGAAGGCAAUUGCAGAGGGGAAACCAGAUCCAUGCCCCCUGCAUACAGCAUGGCUCAAAGAGUUAAAAGUUGUGUAGGAGAUAAUACUUGUAAGUGUAAUAAUGGAUCGAUCUCGAUCAAUCGUAUUGAAAAGGUUAACAGUGGUUUACUGGA